GAGGCAGUGCAGAUAUAUAUGAUUCUGGCCGACCCAGAUUCCUUCGACCUCUUUUGCGCGAACUGCCAUAACAUUUUUGACUCGAAAUUACGAUCUCAACAUUGUUACGAUGGAUCAUGAAAAGCCUGAAGCGGUGAUUCCACCACAAAUAUUCGAAUUCGAUAUCGAUCAAACUCGAAGUCGGACAAGUCCAGAUGAGGAGCCCAAUUACCCCGAAGACCGUCGGGAACGCCGAGGGGAAAGUUUGUGGAGAACGCUUGGUGAACGGCACAUUAACAUGAUAGCAUUUUCUGGGACUAUUGGAAAUGGACUUUUCCUUGGUAGUGGUCGAUCGCUUGCUGGCGCUGGACCAGGAGGCGCCGUCAUGGCAUACAUUAUUAUGGGAACGGUGGUUUCGUCUGUUAUAUCUUGCUUGGGUGAAAUGACCGCUCUUAUGCCUGUCAAUGCACCAGUCGUAGAGUUUCCUCGAAGAUUCUUAGAUCGCGGCGUUGGGUUUGCCGUUGGGUGGAUGUAUUGGUUCGCGUGGGCUGUCACUGCCGCAGAAGAACUAGUUGCCGUUUCUGGAACUCUUGGAUUUCAUUAUGAUGACGGAAGAACAUUCCUAGCGUGGACAAUUGGGGAAAGUGUCGACCCUGCUGUUUGGAUUGGAUUGUUCUUGAUAAUUGUUACUGCUAUCAAUAUGUUUCCUGUCAAAUAUUUCGGAGAACUAGAGUAUGCUUUCGGUUGCAUCAAGAUCAUCUUCAUCACAAUGGUCAUUGUUUUGAUGCUUAUUCUUGACACUAAGCAGCCUAGCUCCGAUGCUUAUUAUACUUCGCCCCCAAACUCUAAAUAUUGGUGUCAUCCAUGGGGAUUUUUCAACCACGCCUACUCCGUCCGAGAUGAAGAAGGAAAUCUGCAACGAAAGAUUGAAGGUCCCGCUGGUUCAUUCCUUGGAAUGUGGACAACCAUCAUUAAUGUUAUCUUCUCAUAUACUGGAAUGGAUAUCGUAGCAGCGACUGCUGCAGAGUCGAAAUCGCUUGCUAAUGCUGAGAGUAUGAAAAUGGCCGCAAGAAAGAUCUCCAUCCGUAUCGUCACUCUCUACACUAUGGCUAUGAUCACAGCAUCUUUUAUAGUGCCUUAUACUCAUCCUUUCAUCAAUGGAAAGGGUCAAUCGGUUGGCGCACACUCCAUUUUUGUUAUUGCAGUCGUUGAAGCAGGAUUACCAGCCAUGGCCCAUUUCUUCAACGCCAUCUUCGCUUUUGCAUCCUUUACUUGCGCUAUCAAUUCGAUGUAUGUGGCAUCGAGAGUCUUACACACUUUAGCUCUACAAGAUCAGGCUGGACCAGAAUUUAUUGCAAGGAGAUUGAGGCAAACUAGAUCGGGUGUUCCAAUAAGAGCAGUAUUGGCAACGGCUGCUAUGGCUCUAGUGGCUUUCAUGGGUAGGACUGGAACAACUGCAAUUCGACUGAGCGAAUUAGCCUCAAAUUGCACUUCAUCGAUUCUUAUCGUCUACGCCACGAUUUGUGCUACCUAUCUCGGAUUUUUCCGAACACUCGAAGACACUAAGCUCUAUGGAAAUGCAUCCGAAAGGCAAGCGGCGCAUUAUGACCGCGAUCAUCCACGUUACCCAUAUAAAUCACACGGCCAGUGGCUUAAAGGGUUUUACGGUAUGGCUGCAUGUAUUAUUCUCGUUACUUUUAACGGUGUUUCUGCAUUCCUUGAAAGACCUUUUGAUGUUAGAAGAUUCAUUGCAAGUUAUGUAUCUAUCCCAGUGUUCAUUUUUCUAAUCAUAGGCUAUAAAAUUAAUAAGCAUGGACUGAAAAUACGAAAUUGGGGCCCCGAAAGAUCAAAUGAUUUGAGGAAUACAAUUCAAGCUGCGAGUGAGAAGAGAAAGGGAAGACUAGAGUUUCCGGAUGAAGGAAUUAGUAUGGAGAAUUUUAAGACGUGGGCACAUUGGAUGUGGGUUUGGACAAGAUAGGUUGAUUUGGAACGCGACGAGCGGAAUGAGGCUCUUGGGGCUUCUUUCUAGGUUAAUGAUUAAAUGAGAUUAGCUUUGGUAUGGAUCGGUUAUGGGGGGAUUGUUGAGGAGCAAAUAAUAUUGUAUCAUGAGGUUACUGCGGAACUACAGGAUGGGAAAGAAUACAGGAUACUAGGAUGAAAUACAGAAGGAAACGGAACAAGAUCGGCGUUUAGGAACCAAAUAGGUUGACUAAGUCACAAAAAUCAUUUUUAUAAUUUAGGGGGGAUACUUGGAUAUGAGAAAUCCUUUUAAUAAUGAAGAUCUUUUAAUAUGUUAGCGUGCACUUACCAACGAUAUAGUGUAUCAAAAAUCAAAUAAACUAGUA